AUAAACCAUCCUGGACAACUAAAACCGAACUCCUCAGUCUCCCUCUCCAAUGGAGGACCUCCCACCUUCUCUGGUCACCGAGAUACUGAGUCGACUGAACGAUUCCGCAGACCUGGUUCGAUGCCGACUCGUCUCGAAGACUCUAAACGAAAUGUCCUAUGAGGUACGAUCCCUGAACCACCUCUGUUCCUUGUCUAGUUACCUCAUAUCUCGGUCCCGCGGUGCCAAUCCUCCCCAGGCCAUGACCUUUAAGAUCAUAUUUAAGGACCUGGUUCGUAGACUCAGCAAGCUCGAUUCCGUCUCCAUCGCUGUGGAGAAGUCCCUCGGCAGAAGAUCGUACGACGAGGUUGAAGACGACGACGACGAUCUUUACCUGACUGAACCGAGCUUCUUGAAGGAUUGGCUUCCGGAGAUUGGCGGAGGUCUGAGAUCGAUUUCCAUAUGCGAUUUUUGGAGUCAAUCUAGCUGGCGAAAGUCCGAGGCUUUGCCACUGAUUUCUUCGUUCUGCUCUAAUCUCCUCAAACUAGAAUUGAAAAACACAUGGUUGUCAGUUGAUGGGUUGAAUUGUAUGCCCAAGCUCACAAAUUUGACCCUUGAAUUUCUUAGACUUGAUGAUGAAGACCUGAAUAAAGUUAAUGAAUGUUUUCCGGGUUUGAAAGUUCUUAAUUUGGUUGGGGUUGGAGGGCUCAAAGAACCAAAAAUUGAUCUCAAGAACCUGAAAAUAUGUUACUGGACCAUCUCAAAUGCUCCCCUGUCUAUUACAAUAUUGGCUCCCAGCCUUGUUGAACUCAAACUGGAGUGUAUUAGACCGAGAUCUCUUGUCCUUGAAACCCCGUCAUUGUCUGACCUCCAUCUAACCAUUGAGAACGCAGAUCAUUUAAAAGUGAAAGAAUUUACUUGUUUGAAAAGCCUUCAGCUUGAGUCUUGGAAUCUUUUCAGUCUCAUGGGCAAGUUUGGAUCAAGUAGAGCCGUCAAAAUCCUCGCACUGAAUAUACCAAAACACAAUCAAGAUGCCACUCCAAAGUUAAGCAUUGAGAUACUGUAUGAUUCUUUUCCUAAUCUGAGUUCUCUGACAUUGGGUCCUGGAGCCUGGUCCGAAAUGGAGGCUUCAUUUUGCUCUGGAGGCUUGGACGGUAGGGUGGAAAUGAAUGGCUUGAAAGAGAUUACUGCUUAUUUGUCGAUUGAUGAAAUGGAUAACACCCUUUCCUUCAUAUCUUCCAUGUUGAAUAGAUGCUCCAAUUUGUCAAACAUGGCAGUGCUUAUUCAUGGUAUAGUUGGGUCUCGUCUAGCUAGCAAGUUUGUAUCCAAGAUUAGAACUGAUUUGCCACGACUUAGAUGGAGAUGGGGAUUCUGGAAAGAAGGAGAAAAAGACUGCUGGGUCUCUGCUUUUAUUUAGCUUGUCAACUGGAAGAAGGAAAAUAGUAAUAAUAAUAUUAAGGGUUGAGCUGAAGUUGGUUCUACUGUAUUGGAGCAACAAUAACAGUUAGAUUGAAAAGAAGGAUAUAUCUUGGAAAAUCAGCUUAGAAUGAGAGAUUUGCUAAGUUAAAGUUACCACCAAACAGAACAAGAGUUGAAAGAGUGGACUAUUGGAUAGGUCGACAAUCUUCCAGCUAUUUGUUUGAAGCUUUAACGAGGUUCUUCUGGACAUAAACCUCUCAAUAACAUCCUUUCCUCAUAUCUUCAAUGUAAAUAAUUUGAAUCUCUGUCACAUACGUUACAUGUAUUUGCUACCUUUAUUUUUGUAGCUUGACAUUGUGUACUUGUACAGAUUUAAGUGUAGAUAUCGCUUUGGUUUGGAGUAAAAAAAAAUAUUUCUCUUACGUAACUAUCA